AUGGAAGUGCCAGUUUUCUCAUUUAGUCGACUAUUGGGCGCCGAUGUAUUACUCGGAGUUGAGAUGGCCAGUACCGGGGAGGUGGCCUGCUUUGGCCGCGACGUCUACGAAGCUUUUCUACUCGCUCAAGAAGCCGCCUUGCUUAACAUUAGAGAAGGUCGACUUCCAGCCCCUGGAGCUAAUAUCCUUCUUUCAAUUGGUGCAUAUAGACACAAGGUUUUCUUACUGCCAAGUGUUGUAAAGUUAGCCCAACUUGGUUACCAUCUCUACGGCAGCAGAGGAACAGCAGACUAUUAUUCAACCCAGGGCCUUGAUAUCAUUACAGUUGAGUGGCCUUACGAGGACUAUGGACAGAAAUGGUUGGUUCUUCAAAAUUUACUUUUAUCACCACAGAUAGAGACACGAACAAUAUAUAUUUGUAGGGGUUGUUUGACCUUGUUUUCGCAACUUGGUCAUAUUGGUAGGAAGACUUAG